AUGACGCGAUUCCGGGUUCCCAAUAUAUCUCCGAAUACGAUGGAAAAGGCAGGUAUUGUAAGACCCAUGAGGAACGCCAUAACAGCUCCGAGCAAAACGAGGCGGCGAUUCUGUUGGCUCUUUGACAACAACACUAGACAUCCUUCGGAUAACACUCUCUCCUCUACUUCUCUGACUCUCAAUACUGAAGGCUCGCGAAAGGAUUGGUUUAACUGUUUCCUCCUUCGGGAGAGUGUCCUCUUCGGGUGCGAUCUCCUUNGCAUACGCAUCCUAUUCUUCAGGGCUAUCCUCCGACAAGACAUCAGUUGGUUCGACACCAAGACAUCCGGCGAUUUUGCCACUAAAGUCACGGCCGAUUUGGAUAAACUUCAAGAAGGUGUUGGAGAUAAGGUGGGACUUUGCAUAUUCUCCUUCUCAACAGUAUUGUGUUCAUUGGGAACAGCUUUUUAUUAUGGAUGGGAACUGACACUUGUCAUACUCUCAGUCACACCUGUUCUCAUCAUCUCAUUCAGUAUUAUCGCAAAGAUUCAGGCCCGAUAUUCAACAACAGAAGCCGAUUCUUAUGGCAAAGCCGGUGCUGUGGCCGAAGAGGUGUUGGGAGCCAUUCGGACGGUGUAUGCCUUCGAUGGACAACAGAAAGAGAUCGACAGAUACGACAAGAACUUGGAGCCCGCGAAGAAGAGUGGUGUCAGGCGUUCACUAUUCACGGCAUUAGGUCUGGCAAUGAUGUGGUUAUGCAUAUACUGUAGUUACGGACUGGCCUUCUGGUACGGCACUCGACUCAUCAUCCGUUCCGUCAAUGAGAACAACCAUCAGUACGAAGCGAGUACUAUGUUAAUCGUGUUCUUCACUGUCCUGAUGGGCACCUUCAGCGUCGGUCAGACCACUCCUUACUUCGAGGCCUUCGCACAGGCGAGAGGUGCGGCCGCUCUUAUAUUUGAAGUGAUUGAGAGAAAACCAGAAAUCGAUAGCAGUUCUGAAACAGGAGAACGGAUUAAAGACUUGAAGGGAAGGGUAGAGAUACGUAACGCACACUUUAGCUACCCGGCCAGGUCUGACGUGCCUGUCCUUAAAGGACUCAGCCUUACUGUAGAGCCCGGACAGACAGUUGCACUGGUGGGUCCGAGUGGUUGCGGCAAAAGUACAGUCAUUCAACUGAUUCAACGCUUUUACGACGUGACCAGUGGUCAGAUGUUGAUUGACGGCAAAGAUAUCACUUCACUGAACAUCGGUUGGCUUCGGGACAACAUCGGGGUUGUGGGUCAGGAGCCGGUGCUAUUUGGCUGCUCUAUAACCGAGAACAUCAAACUGGGUUACAGUGACGCCAAUCAACAGGAUAUAGAGUCGGCCGCAGUUGACGCCAACGCCUUUGAUUUCAUACAACGAUUGCCCCAUCAGUUCAAUACUCUUGUGGGCGAAAGGGGUUCACAAUUGAGUGGUGGGCAGAAACAGAGGAUAGCCAUCGCCAGGGCUUUAGUGAGAAAACCUAAAAUACUGCUUCUGGACGAGAGUACCAGCGCUCUCGACACCCAAAGUGAGUCUGUAGUUCAGGCGGCCCUCGACAGGGCCAGUGUGGGCCGAACCACAUUCAUAGUCGCCCACCGAUUAUCGACCAUUCGUUACGCCGAUAAGAUUUUUGUGAUAAAUGGCGGACAAGUGGACGAAGUGGGCAGUCAUGCGGAACUCAUGCAAAAGGAAGGACUGUAUUAUAAAUUAGUGAAAACUCAGCAAAAAACGAACGACGAGAGCGAGACGAUCGCACCCGAAGAGGACACUCUCCCGAAGGAGGAAACAGUUAAACCAAUCCUUUCGCGAGCCUUCAGUAUUGAGAGUCAGAGAAGUAGAGGAGAGAGUGUUAUCCGAAGGAUGUCUAGUGUUGUUGUCAAAGAGCCAACAGAAUCGCCGCCUUUGAUGCGAUUAUUAGGUCUAUUAAAACCGGACAAAUACCUCGUUUUGCUCGGAGCUGUUAUGGCGUUCCUCAUGGGUCUUACAAUACCUGCCUUUUCCAUCGUAUUCGGAGAUAUAUUGGGAACCCUUUCGAGUUCAUCCACAGAUAAGAUUAAAGAGGAUGUACUCAUGUAUUCAAUGAUAUUUGUGGCGAUGGGUAUUGGGACCGGAAUCGCGUCAUUCCUGCAGAUUUAUAUGUUUGGCGUUUGUGGUGAGCGACUGACAAUGAGACUCAGGAAAAUGGUAUUCACAGCGAUGUUAAAGCAAGAGGUGGCCUGGUUUGAUGAGCAGGCCAAUAGUACCGGUGCCCUGUGUUCCCGACUCUCAUCGGACGCCUCUAGUGUCCAAGGGGCCGCUGGAUCUCGUAUGUCGACCCUCUGUCAGGCUGUUUCCACUCUGGGCGCCGGUGUUGUCAUCGCAUUGUACUACAGU